CGGGGUCAGGGCAUUCCCGUUCGCCCCGCCCCGCCCCGCGGCCGGUGCGGUGCUGGAAGCCCGGGUCCUCCCGGAAGUGGCUCUGGCGUUUCUGUUGGGGUCCCCUCUACCCCGCUGCUGCUGAGGGCCGCGGAAGCGGCGGCAAUGGCGGAGGCGGCGCUGCUGCUGCUGCCCGAGGCGGCGGUGGACCGAGACGCUAGGGAAAAGCUGGCUCUCUGGGAUCGGAGACCGGACACGACGGCGCCGCUGACCGACAGACAGACGGAUUCGGUGUUGGAGUUGAAGGCGGCGGCGGAGAAUAUGCCCGUGCCGGCCGAGCUCCCAAUUGAAGACUUAUGCAGUUUAACAUCCCAGUCACUGCCCGUUGAACUGACUUCAGUAGUGCCUGAAUCUACAGAAGACAUUCUCUUGAAGGGUUUCACUUCCUUAGGAAUGGAAGAAGAAAGAAUUGAAACUGCACAGCAGUUUUUCUCAUGGUUUGCAAAACUACAAACUCAGAUGGAUCAGGAUGAAGGAACUAAAUAUAGACAGAUGAGGGAUUACUUGUCUGGGUUUCAGGAGCAGUGUGAUGCUAUAUUGAAUGAUGUAAACAAUGCUCUUCAGCAUCUGGAGUCUUUGCAGAAACAGUAUCUUUUUGUGUCCAAUAAGACAGGAACCUUACAUGAAGCCUGUGAACAGCUCCUCAAAGAACAGUCGGAACUUGUUGAUCUGGCUGAAAACAUUCAACAAAAGCUUUCCUAUUUUAAUGAAUUGGAAACGAUUAAUACAAAAUUGAAUUCUCCUACGUUGUCUGUGAAUAGUGAAGGAUUUAUACCUAUGCUGGCCAAGUUAGAUGAUUGUAUAACAUAUAUCUCAUCUCAUCCUAAUUUUAAAGAUUAUCCUGUAUAUUUGCUGAAGUUUAAGCAAUGUCUUUCUAAAGCUUUGCACCUCAUGAAGACAUAUACUGUGAACACACUACAGACCCUCACAAACCAGUUACUAAAAAGGGAUCCUUCAUCUGUUCCCAAUGCAGACAAUGCCUUCACACUAUUUUAUGUGAAAUUUCGAGCUGCUGCCCCCAAAGUCAGAACUCUUAUUGAACAAAUAGAGCAGCGAUCUGAAAAAAUACCUGAAUACCAGCAACUGCUAAAUGACAUCCACCAGUGUUACCUUGAUCAACGGGAGCUCCUUUUGGGCCCCAGUAUUGCUUGUACUGUCACAGAGUUAACCAGCCAAAAUACCAGAGAUCAUUGUGCCUUGGUUCGCAGUGGCUGUGCCUUUAUGGUCCAUGUUUGCCAGGACGAGCACCAACUUUACAAUGAAUUUUUCACAAAACCAACAUCAAAAUUAGAUGAGCUUCUGGAGAAACUGUGUGUGUCGUUGUAUGAUGUCUUCAGGCCACUGGUCAUUCAUGUUAUUCACUUAGAGACUCUUUCGGAGCUUUGUGGGAUUCUUAAAAAUGAGGUGCUUGAAGAUCAUGUACAGAACAAUGCUGAACAACUGGGGGCAUUUGCAGCUGGAGUCAAGCAGAUGCUGGAAGAUGUACAAGAACGACUCGUCUACCGAACCCAUAUCUACAUCCAGACAGAUAUCACGGGCUACAAACCAGCUCCUGGCGAUCUGGCGUAUCCGGACAAGUUGGUCAUGAUGGAACAAAUUGCACAGAGUUUAAAAGAUGAACAGAAAAAGGUACCGUCAGAAGCUUCAUUUUCAGAUGUUCGGUUAGAAGGAGAAUCUAACAGUCUGACAAAAUCUGGUUCAACAGAAUCCCUCAAUCCUAAACCACAGACCACAAUUUCUCCAGCAGAUCUUCAUGGAAUGUGGUAUCCUACAGUUCGAAGAACUCUUGUCUGUCUCUCCAAAUUAUACAGAUGCAUAGAUAGGGCAGUGUUCCAAGGAUUAUCACAGGAAGCGUUGUCUGCCUGCAUUCAGUCCUUACUUGGAGCAUCCGAGUCCAUCAGCAAAAACAAGACUCAGGUUGAUGGACAACUUUUCUUAAUUAAGCACCUUUUGAUUCUUCGUGAACAAAUUGCUCCAUUUCACACUGAAUUCACCAUUAAGGAAAUUUCCCUGGACCUCAAGAAAACUAGAGAUGCAGCAUUUAAAAUCCUGAACCCUAUGACUGUUCCAAGAUUUUUUAGGCUGAAUAGCAACAAUGCCUUGAUAGAGUUCUUGUUGGAGGGUACUCCUGAGAUAAGAGAACAUUACCUUGACUCUAAAAAAGAUGUGGACCGUCACCUGAAAUCAGCCUGUGAGCAGUUCAUCCAGCAGCAGACCGAGCUGUUUAUAGAGCCGCUGGAGCAGUUCAUGAUGAAGGUUUCAGCUUUAAAAACAAUGGCCAGUCAGGGAGGCCCUAAGUAUACACUCUCACAGCAGCCUUGGGCACAACCAGCAAAGGUCAAUGACCUUGUGGCAACUGCCUACAAGAUAAUAAAAACAAAGCUGCCUGUGACAUUGAGAAGUAUGUCCUUGUACCUGUCCAAUAAGGAUACUGAGUUCAUCUUGUUUAAGCCUGUUAGGAAUAAUAUUCAGCAAGUCUUCCAGAAGUUCCAUGCUCUGUUGAAGGAGGAAUUCAGCCCUGAAGACAUCAGUAUCAUUGCUUGUCCUUCUAUGGAGCAGCUGAGCCUCCUGCUGUCAGUUUCUAAAUAACCAGGCCAGUCAGGAGGAGCUGGCUGGAAGUCUUGCAGCCUGCAGGACACUGAGGAAUCGUAUGUGGGAAUGUCCCCAGAGCCACGAGUGUGCUGCUCAGUGCUGACCACAGAAUGAAAUAUAAGCAAACUGUUACAAGACUGGUAUUCUCCUUUGCAAGACAUCAAAAUGCCAAAGAUUAAUUUGGGAGUGGUGGUAACUGCCUCAUUUAAAUGGUCACAAG